AAACGCAAACGGCAAGCGUGCAUAUCGUUAUUCUUUAACCAAAUUCUAUUUUAUUUAGCACAAGAAACUCAUUUAAAGGAUCAAUUUAAUUUAAAUAUUUCGUGUCAAUAAGUUUAAAAAAUGGCCACAACGACGAAACCCCGUUCUGAAAUGACCCUGGAAGAAUUAUCAAAGAUAGAAGAAGAAGAAUUCAGUACAGGGCCUUUGUCUGUUCUUACACAGUCCGUUAAAAACAACACUCAAGUACUUAUUAAUUGUCGUAACAACAAGAAAUUGUUAGGGCGCGUCAAAGCGUUUGACCGGCAUUGCAAUAUGGUCCUUGAAAACGUUAAGGAAAUGUGGACCGAAGUCCCUAGGACUGGCAAAGGCAAGAAGGGUAAAGCAGUAAAUAAGGAUAGAUUCAUCUCUAAAAUGUUUCUACGUGGAGAUUCUGUGAUUCUAGUUUUGAGAAAUCCUCUUGCUACAGCCGCGGGAAAGUAAUUUCUGAUUGAAUGGUUACUUAUAUUAAAUUGGGUAAUUGGAUAUGAGCAGUUGAUAUAGAGGAAAGUUAAACAUUGCCUCUAAAUAACUCGCACACAAUCCAUAUACUGUUGUACAUAGAAGAAAGAUACAUGUAUCCUGAUUGUGUGGUAGUGUAAUUAAUCCUUAAGUGUAUGAAUGAUUGUUUUUCAGUAUGUAACCCUUUCUUCUGUGUGUGACCUUCAUCAGUAGCUUUAUGUUUGUAAUAAGUUAUAUUUUGUGUUUUGUUCAGAUUUUGAUACCAAUAAAUAAAACAGCACAUAUCUUCUA